AUGGCUGCCCCAAAGAUUAUCGUACUUGGCAGCCUCAAUGGCCAACUUGAGCCGGCGCUCAAGAAGCUGGCCACUCUUCACGCGAAGAAUAGCUUCUCGCUAGCAAUCCUUACCGGCGACGUCUUUACCCCAUCAACCGAUGACGCGACAGUAUCCGCCUUACUAGACGGCACAUUAGAAGUGCCCCUGCCUACCUACUUUACCAUCGGGACGCAUUCGCUCCCGCCACGAAUCGCGACGAAAGUGGAAGCCGAGGAAGAAAUUUGCCAUAAUCUACAUUUCCUGGGUAAGCGCAGCAUUACCAAGACCUCAGAUGGCCUUCGUAUAGUCGCGCUCGGCGGUCUUUUGGACACAAAUGUAGUGGGUGGGCAGUCGAAAGAGCAGCAUCUACCGUUCCACACCGACGAUGAUGCAAAGGGAUUGAGAGGCGCCAACAGCGCCGACAUAUUAUUAACGUCAAUGUGGCCUGCCAACGUCUGGAACGGAUCCAAGAUCACUCUAGAAGCGUCUCAGCAGGCAGCCGUCCAGAGCACACAAGGCAUCGCAGAGCUAUGCGCGGCCCUCAAACCGCGCUACCACAUAUCAUCAUCACCAAGCGCAUUCUUCUACGAGCGCGAACCCUUCGUUCACCCAUCCAGCUCAGAAACAGAGCCCCCCACCAUCACGAGGUUCAUUUCCAUGGCCCCAUACGGCAACGAAGCCAAAGCAAAAGCAAUGUAUGCCUUCACACUCAACAAAUCCGACGCCAGCGUGCCUCCCGGCGUAACAGCCUCGCCAUUCACCUCGCACAAAAAACGAGCUCGAAACGACGACAGCAGCUACAGUCGCUUCGGACACCACGACAACAACAGACACGGCCGACACAACAAACGCCGCCGGGCAUCACCUCCCCCCGGCCCGGACAAAUGCUACUUCUGCCUCUCCAACCCCAACAUCUCAGCCCACAUGUGCUGCAGCGUCGGCGACGAAUCCUACGUCACAACCGCCAAGGGCCCCCUCCCAACUCCAACCACCUUCUCCGACGCAGGCCUCAGCUUCUCAGGCCACUUGAUCAUCAUCCCGCUCCCACACGCACCCACCAUCCCCAGCAUGGGAGCAACCGCAGACCCAUCCUCCGACGCCGUACGCUCCUACAACGAAAUGACGCGCUUCCGCGAAUCCAUCCAAGCAAUGAUAGCUUCAAAAACAUCCUACAAACUCGGCGUCGUGACCUGGGAAAUCUCCCGCGACCGCAACAUCCACCUAAUAUGGCAACUCAUCCCCUUACCCGCAGAAAUGAUCCGCAACGACAUCGCAGAAGCGGCGUUCCGCGUGGAAGCCGAAAACCAGAAAUACCCCUCCUUCACCACCAGGGAACUUAGUCUCGAAGAACAGCCCACCUUUGGAGAUUACUUCCGCGUCUGGCUGUGGGCCGAUAACGGCGAGGACAAAAUUAAGGGCAAGUCCCUCGUUAUGCCUCUCGCGUCGGACAUGCGCUUCGAUCUCCAGUUCGGGCGGCGCGUCAUUGCGAAAUUGCUGGGGCUAGAGGACCGCUUCAUCUGGCAGGACUGCGAGCAGACUGUCGAGGAAGAGACUGCCGACGUGGAAGCCUUUAGGGAGGCGUUCAAAGAAUGGGACUUUACGCUGGAAUAG